AUGGGAAGAAGAGCAAAGAAUAAACAAGGAUUACCACCAAGUUUGGAUGAAUUUCAAGCCAAGAAGGAUAGAAAGGAUAAGAAGUUGGAAAAGAGAAAGAGAGAAGAAAAAGAAGUAGUUGAAAAGGCCAAGAAACCUAAAAAAGUAGUUAAACCACAAUCUGAUGAAGAAGAAGAAGUAUUUGAAGAUGCUGAGGUUGAUACAGCUAAGAAAUCCUUAUUCGAUGAUUCUGAUGAAGAACAAGUUGGUGAAACCUUAGAAGACUUUGAAGGAGAAUUAGAUGACGAAUUCGAUCAAGAAGAAUUCGAUCAAGAAUUUGAUUCUGACGAAGAAGGUAGAGAAAGACCAAUGUUUUCUGAUGAUGAUGAAGAUGAAGAAAACUUAAAUGCUGUUAACAUGGAAGCUUUAUCCAGAAGAUUAGAUGAAGAAGAAGAACUUGAAGCUGAAGAAGCUGAAGCUGAAUUAGUAGAUCAAUCAAAUCAACCAAGAGCUAAAAUCUUACCUAGUGAAGAAGAAGAAGCUUUAAUGUCUAAAGGACCUCAAGACGUUACUAUGGUUAGGACGAGGAUGAUCGAAGUUGUUAAAGUCUUAGAAAACUUCAAAGAAUUGGCCGAAGAAGGGAAAUCUCGUACUGAAUACAUUUCAAGAUUAAUUAAAGAUAUUUGUGAAUAUUUCGGAUACAAUGAAUUCUUAGCUGAAAAAUUAUUCAAUCAAUUUUCACCAUCUGAAGCUAUGGAAUUCUUUGAAGCUAAUGAAAUUGCUAGACCUAUCACUAUUAGAACCAAUACUUUAAAAACCAGAAGAAGAGAUUUAGCUCAAACUUUAGUUAAUAGAGGGGUUAAUUUACAACCUAUUGGAUCAUGGACUAAAGUAGGUUUACAAGUGUUCGAUUCUCAAGUUCCUAUUGGUGCUACCCCUGAAUAUUUAGCAGGUAAUUAUAUCUUACAAGCAGCAUCAUCAUUUUUACCUGUUAUGGCAUUAGAUCCUCAAGAAGGUGAAAGAAUUUUAGAUAUGGCUGCCGCUCCUGGUGGUAAAACCACUUAUAUUUCAGCUUUAAUGAAAAAUACCGGUUGUGUUUUUGCUAAUGAUGCCAAUAAAGCUAGAACCAAAUCUUUAAUUGCUAACAUUCAUAGAUUAGGUUGUAAGAAUACUAUUGUAUGUAAUUAUGAUGCUAGAGAGUUCCCUAAAGUUAUUGGAGGUUUUGAUAGAAUCUUAUUAGAUGCUCCAUGUUCAGGUACCGGUGUGAUUGCCAAAGAUGAAGCUGUUAAAGUUAACAAGACCGAAAAGGAUUUCAUUCAAAUUCCUCAUUUACAAAAACAAUUGUUAUUAUCAGCCAUUGAUUCCGUUGAUGCCAACUCUAAAGGUGGUAUCAUUGUUUAUUCUACAUGUUCUAUUGCAGUUGAUGAAAAUGAAGCUGUGGUAGAUUAUGCUUUAAGAAAAAGACCUAAUGUUAAAUUAGUUGAUACUACUUUACAAAUUGGUAAAGAAGGGUUCACAUCAUUUAGAGGUAAACAUUUUGAUCCUUCUAUCUCAUUAACUAGACGUUAUUAUCCUCAUACUUAUAAUGUUGAUGGGUUCUAUGUUGCCAAGUUCAAAAAGAUUGCACCAUCACCUCAUGAUAUUUCUAAAGCUGGAGCUAAAGAAAAGGAAAACUUUGCCAGACAAGAAGCUGAAGAAGAAGGAAUUAUCAAUGGUGAUUUUGCUGAUUUUAAUGAAGAUGAUGAUAAAGAUUUAAUUGAAAAAUCCAUAAAGAGAAACUUAAAGAGAAAGGGUAUAAAUCCUAAUACUAAAAGAUAA